UCACCACCGUCACACCUUCCAACACAGUUAUGGCAACGACUACUCCUCCUCUAAUUCCCGCUAAUUUUGCCUAUUUUGCAGCCUCUCUUUCUCUCCUUGUCAUCUCCACCUUCCUCCAAGGAGGACAUGGAGCGAUUGGAGUGAACUACGGAACAGUGGCGGACAACCUCCCACCGCCGUCGGAAGUUGCGCACUUCCUCGUAGAAUCCACCACCAUCAACCGCGUCCGGCUCUUCGACGCCGACCCCGACAUUCUCCGGGCCUUCGCCCACACGGGCAUCACCGUCACCGUCACCGUUCCCAACGACCAAAUCCCGCGCCUCACCAAGCUCCCCGCCGCCCACGAAUGGCUCAAAACCAACGUCCAGCCCCACGUCCCCGCCACCAACAUCGUCCGCAUCCUCGUCGGCAACGAAGUCCUCUCCACCGCCAACAAGCUCCUCAUCGCCUCCCUCGUCCCCGCCCUCCAGGCCCUCCAGGCCUCCCUCGUCGACCUCGGCCUCGACCGCCGCAUCAAGCUGACCACCCCACACUCUCUCGGCAUCUUGUCCUCCUCAACCCCUCCUUCCACCGGAAAGUUCCGCCAAGGCUACGACACCCAUGUUCUCAAGCCCUUGCUAGGCUUUCUCAGAGCCACAAACUCGCCUUUCAUGGUCAAUCCUUACCCGUUCUUCGGCAGCUCCGCCGAGACCCUCGACUACGCGCUCUUUCGGCCCAACCCGGGCGUGUUUGAUGACAACACCGAGCUCAAGUACACCAACAUGUUGGACGCCCAAUUGGACGCGGUUUACUCCGCUAUGAAUGGUUUGGGCUUUGCGGACCUUGAUAUUGUGAUAGCCGAAACGGGUUGGCCCUCUCAUGGAGACCAGGCCCAAGUUGGCGUGGACACCACCAGCGCGGCCGAGUAUAAUGGGAACCUCGUGCGUCACGUGACGUCCGGCGCCGGCACGCCGCUCAUGCCAAACCGGACUUUUGAGACCUACAUUUUCGCGCUAUUCAAUGAGGAUCUCAAGCCCGGCCCGGUUUGCGAGAGGAAUUUUGGGCUUUUCCGGCCUGAUAUGACGCCCGUUUAUGAUGUCGGCAUCCUUCGGCCCACGGCUCGUUCUUUCGUGCCCGUGAACCCGAUCCAAGGCCCAAGCCCAGGCCCAGGCCCAGGCCCAAGUUUAUCGACGGAGCCGUGGAGUCCAAUGCCACUGGCCGAGGGGAGUGAAAAGCAGUGGUGUUUGCCCAAAACAGGGGUUGAUUCCGACGCCUUGCAGAGGAACAUUGACUAUAUAUGUGGGCUGGGCUUAGACUGUGGGCCAAUUCAAGAAGGUGGGCCAUGCUUUGCUCCCAAUACUGUGAGAGCCCAUGCUGCGUACGCCAUGAACACGUACUACCAGGUCAUGGGAAGGAACGGCUAUGAUUGUGAUUUCGGACAAACGGGAGCCAUCACCGACGUAGAUCCAAGCUAUGGAAGAUGCAAAUAUUGAAAGUGAAGCCAAUUGAUAAUUUGCAAAGCCAGGUCAACUUGCAGUGCAAGCAAAUCAGAUCGUAUAUUUUUUUGUUCAAAUUCUUACGUGUAAUGCUAGAAAUUACUAAGCUUUAAAAUACAAGUUUUUAGUUAUAUUGUG